AUGAUUGAGGGAAUGGUGAAGGAUGGUGUUAUUGAACCUUCAUCUAGUCCAUGGUGUUCACCUGUGGUGCUGGUAAAGAAGAAGGAUGGCAGCAUGUGGUUUUGUGUUGACUACCGCCACCUGAACGACGUUACGAAGAAGGACAGCUAUCCCUUGCCAAGGAUUGAUGACACGCUGGAUAUGCUUACAGGCGUAAAGUGGUUUAGUACGUUGGACCUGAAAAUUGGCUACUGGCAGGUUGAAAUUCACCCUUAA